AAAGAAUGCAUGGUUAAAAAACAUAAAAAAAUCGAUUUUAUAGUCAAUUCUCCAUAGCUGGCCCGGCCCGAUUAAGCACAAGGAAAAUGGCUGCACUCAGGGCAACCCCAUUAUUGUUAGCGCCACUGCACAAGCUUCGCAUUAUCGCCUCUAUACACUCUGGCACGCUUUCUCCACUCCCAAUCCCACCAAAAUCCGGCAUCAAAUUCAUCUGCCUCCACUCAUCCAGUUGCUCAGCCGCUAAAACCACGCCAAUGGAAGCUACCGCCGCCGCCGUCGCCGCCUCUGAUGGCCAGCACAGGUCGGGCGAUUGGUUCUCGGUGCCAGAGCUCCGACUCAGAGACCACAGAUUCGUCGUGCCUCUUGAUUACUCCCUCGAUAUUUCUACUUCUCCGAACAUUACAGUCUUCGCUUGCGAAGUUGUCGCUGUUGGAAAGGAAGAAGUAGACCUCCCUUUUCUGCUUUACUUGCAGGGCGGACCAGGUUUUGAGUGCGCACGACCAACUGAAGCAAGCGGAUGGAUAAAAAAAGCAUGUGAAGAUUACCGUGUUGUUUUAAUGGACCAGCGUGGAACAGGUCUAUCGACACCUUUAACAUCAUCCUCAAUGUCUCAAUUCGAAUCUGCUAAGAAGUUGGCAGACUACUUGAAACACUUCCGAGCUGACAACAUAGUGAAUGAUGCGGAGUUCAUUCGCAAAAGGCUCGUACCUGGUUCCAGGCCUUGGACAGUGUUGGGGCAGAGUUAUGGUGGCUUUUGUGCAGUUACCUACCUCAGCUUUGCCCCACAAGGGCUGAAGCAAGUCCUUCUAACCGGUGGGAUCCCUCCAAUUGGAAGUGGAUGCACUGCAGAUGCCGUUUACAGAGCUUGCUUUGAGCAGGUCAUGAUCCAGAACGAGAAGUAUUACAAGAGGUUUCCUCAAGAUAUUGAAACUGUUCGUGAAGUGGUCAAAUAUUUAGCUGAUGCUGAGGGAGGAGGGGUUCCUCUUCCAUCGGGCAGCAUUUUAACACCACGAGGUCUACAGCUUCUGGGUUUGUCGGGUUUAGGAUCUAGCACUGGUUUUGAACGUUUACACUACAUGUUUGAGAGAGUAUGGGAUCCUAUAUUAGUUCCUAGAGCACCUAAGAAAAUUAGCUACACUUUCCUGAAUGCAUACGAAAGGUGGCUGGAUUUUGACACUAAUCCUCUGUAUGCUCUCAUGCAUGAGUCCAUAUACUGCCAGGGUGCUGCUUCAAGUUGGUCUGCUCACAGAAUAAGGUCGGAAUACGAGAAUAAGUUUGAUGCAGUAAAAGCAGUCAAUGAAGGAGCCCCUGUGCUAUUUACUGGAGAGAUGAUAUUCCCAUGGGUAUUUGACGAAAUUCACGCAUUGAGGCCUUUCAAAGAUGCUGCUCAUUUAUUGGCUGAGAAAAAGGAUUGGCCUCCUUUAUACGAUGCUGCAUCACUACGUAACAACAAGGUGCCAGUAGCUGCUGCUGUUUAUUACGAGGAUGUUUAUGUUAACUUUAACCUCGUUAAGGAAACUGCUGCUCAAAUAGAGGGAAUCCGGCUAUGGAUUACGAAUGAAUAUAUGCAUUCAGGUUUGAGAGACUCGGGCGCUCAGGUUUUGGACCAUUUGCUGGGUAUGUUGAAUGGGAGAAAGCCCCUAUUUUAGCAAAACUUGUACGAUUCAGGUGAACUUAACUUGAUAUUUGCUUGGAGAUUAUGUUGUUUAACAUUAUAUUUUCAGCAUUCUAAGAAAAUAUGAAAAGAUUAAAUAAAAGGAAGAGGAGAACAUAGCGUUUUCGACCAGUUUAACAAGCAACCGGGUCAAUAGCGAGUCAUUCUUUUCAACAUUUUUUUCUCUCUAUUUUGAGUAAUUUUUUCCUUUUUGUACUCCCGUAUCAUAUGGCAAGUAUUUGUAUUCAUGAUUAGAAGAAUAAGUGUAUACAUGAUAUUUAAAGUUCUAUAACAAAUUAUACAGUUCCACAA